AUGCAGAAACUGGAUGUUUUGGCUGUGCUGUUCCUCGUCCCCCUAGGGAUGGUCGAGGCCGGAGCACGCCAGCCCUGCAGUCCUAAAUUCCUUGGCCAAAAUGCCAUGGUGUGCGUUUGCAACGCAACGUACUGCGACACGGUGGAACCUCUCUCCCUCCCGGAGGUCGGCAACUUUGUCAAGUACACAACCAGCAAGGAGGGCCAACGCUUGGAGCGGAGCGAAGGGCAAAUAGGAAAUGCCAGCUCAGGAACUUCAGGUGGGAUAUUCUACACCUACGACCCCUCCGUUCAGCACCAAUACGUCAAAGGCUUCGGCGGGUCGCUCACCGACUCUGCGGCUAUCAACGUCCUGCGUUUGUCUUACGGAGCCCAAAACCACCUUCUCCGCUCUUAUUUCUCGGACGAAGGAAUUGAGUACAAUUUGCUGCGCUGGCCCAUUGGCUGCUCCGACUUUUCCACGCGGCCCUACAGUUACGGUGACCGAUGCGUGGAUGACUUCGAACUGAAGUGUUUUGAGCUGGCCCCCGAAGACACCAAGCUUAGGAUCCCCCUGCUCCAUCGUAUCAUGGCCCAUGCAGAGAGGCCCCUCUCCCUGGUCGGCAGCCCUUGGACCAGUCCUGGCUGGCUUAGGGUAAACAACAAGCUUGAAGGGAAAUCCAGGAUAAAGGGAAAACCAGGCGACCGUUACCACAAGACCUGGGCCCGCUAUUUUAUCAGGUUCCUAGAUGAGUACGCUAAAAACAACAUAACGUUCUGGGCAGUAAGCGCUCAGAAUGAACCACGCACUUUGCUUUGGCUAUUUUAUAAAGACUUUCCGGUUAAUAUUUUCUCACCGCAACAUCAACGCGACUUUAUCAUUAAGGACUUGGGGCCUGCCCUCGCCGCCAGCUGCCACCCAGAUGUUCACCUCAUCAUCCUGGACGACCAGAGGUCGCAUUUGCCAAACUGGGCCAACCAGGUGAUUGGCAAUAGUAGCGCAGCGACCUUCGUAUCCGGCAUUGGCGUCCAUUGGUACGUUGACUUCCUCGUCCCAGCUGGACCUACUCUGGACGUUACGCAUCGCCUGUAUCCCAAUUUCUUUCUGCUCUACACAGAAGCUUGCAAUGGUUUUUUGUACUGGGAUGUGAAGGUCGCCCUGGGAAGCUGGGAGAGAGGCACCUAUUACAGCAGAAAUAUCCUGUCGAAUCUCAACCACUUCGUCACCGGGUGGAUCGACUGGAACUUGGCCCUCGACAUGGAAGGGGGCCCCUGUUGGAUAGACAACUUUGUCGAUAGCCCCAUCAUUGUCAACCCCCUCAAGGAUGAGUUCUACAAGCAGCCCAUGUUCUACCACCUGGGGCAUUUCAGCAAAUUCAUCCCCGAAGGAUCCGUUCGCGUUGCUUUGACCUCCCCCUGCUUGUUUGACAGCUGUCAGUUAAAGGCCUUGGCUUUUCUGCGACCCGACGGCACGGCGGUGGUCGUGGUGUUGAACGACUGGUUUGUCGAUAUUUCUUUCACUAUCUUGGACCAUCAGGUGGGUUACAUUAAGGACCGCGCGAGAGCUCACUCCAUCCAAACCUACCUGUGGAGGAGGCAUCUUUGA